AUGAUCGAUUUUGCCGGUGUGAUUCGGGCGAUCCGGUCCAGCGAGAGCGUCGCGCAGCUCCGCGCCAUCGAUUCUUUCAUCGUGAGCAGCAAUUGCCACAGCCGGUUCGUCGCCAAUCUCCUCGUGGACAUGUAUGGGAGGCUUUCGUGCGUGGAGCAAGCCCAACUGGUGUUCGAUCGCAUCCCGGAUCCGAAUUCCUACUCGUGGAACGCGCUCAUCACCGCCUACGUGCGCAACGGGCACUUCGAUCGCGCGCGCGCGGCACUCAACAUGAUGCCGCAUCCAGACGCCGUUUCCUGGACCGCCAUGGUCAAUGGCUAUACGCUCGCGGGACACAUCGACGAGGCGAAAUCCAUCUUCGAUACCAUGUGCCACAGAGAUUGCGCGGUGUGGAACUCGAUGAUAACUGGAUUUGCCCAAGCCGGGGAUUUGCACAAAGCGAAACAGUUCUUUCAUUACAUGCCGCAGCACGAGAUUCGAUCGUGGAAUAGGCUAAUCACUGCGUUCGCGGAAAAGAAGGAAACAUCAAUAGUUCAUCAAAUUUUUCACCAAAUGGAAGAACGCGACGUGAUAUCCUGGACUGCUCUAAUUACUGCGUUUGCCAAUGUGGGGGAUUUGCUGAAAACCACCAAAACCUUUGAUCUCAUGCCACAGAGAAACGUGGUAACCUGGACAGCCAUGGUACAAGCUUGCGUAGAGGCUUUUCAACUAGAAAAGGCUCGCGAGGUGUUUAUCAAAUGCCCCGAGCGGAACGUUGUUACGUGGAAUGGCAUGGUGCAAGCAAAUGCCCAAAAGGGGCAUCUUGACACGGCUAUGUCUUUGUUCCGAAAAAUGCCUGCCUGGGACGUUUUCACCUGGAACGUAAUGAUCUCAGCACACGCCGCAAAUGCCCAUCUCGUGGAAGCGCAGAGUUUCUUCGAGAGCAUGCCUCAAAAGGACAUGGUUUCAUUGAACUGUAUGCUCGCGACUUACACGCAGCACGGCCACCUCCACCAAGCUCGAGAGUUGCUGGAUCUCAUGCCAAACCGGAACGUUGUCUCCUGGAACGCGAUGAUGACGGCCUACGCUCAAAAUGGGCACCACCAUCAAGUCGGGGAGCUCUUUCGGAGGCUAAACCUGGACGGAGUCCGGCCAAACGAGGUGACCUUCAUCAACUUGCUCGUUGGUUGCGCUCAUCUCGGGCUCCUCUCGCAGGGGCGCGACCACUUCGUGUCGAUCAAGCCCGUGUAUGGCGUUCCUCUCGUGCUGGAGCACUUUUGUUGCAUGGUGGACCUGCUGGGACGAGCUAAGUUACUGGAAGAAGCGGAGGAGCUGCUUACCUCGAUGCCGUUUAAGCCGGACGUGGCUGCGUGGACGACGCUGCUGAGCGCUUGCUGCAAGCACGGGGAUACCGAGCGAGGCGAGCGCGUCGCCCAGAGGAUAAUGGAGUUGAACGUUACGACUUCCGGGCCGUAUAUGCUCGUGUCACACGUCUGCCGAGAAGAUCCUGCUUUAGAUGAAUAUGAGUAG